UUAAACUAAUCCCAGAGAUAUUUUUUCGUUCCAAGAAUAGCACCCCUAAACCGGAAUGUCAAAAUAUAAUGACGUUAUUCUUUCUGUGUAAAGAGGUGGAUAGAAAUUCGUAUUUAUUUGUUGUUUAAUAUAAUUUAUAAUGGCUGCUGAAAUCAAGCCCGCACCCAGGACUCCUAACGACAGGUUUUCAACAACGAAGAAACCGGCCCUAUUGAGUAAAUUGGAAGGAUGUACAGACGAUGUCAACGCAGCGGUUGUUAUUCCUGGCGAGGAUGGAGUAAUUAGCGUUUGCGACGAUAAGACAGUCAGAGUAUGGCUAAAAAGAGACUCAGGGCAGUACUGGCCCAGUAUCUGCCAGUAUAUGCCCUCCGGCUGUACGUCCAUGUUCUACACACCUGAGACCCGUCAGCUGUUCAUUGGCCAGGAGAAUGGAACCGUCUCGGAGUUCACACUAGCUACAGAUUGUAAUAGGAUUAAUCCUACUCGCGAGUAUUUAGCGCACACGGCGCGCGUGACCGGCGUGCAGUUCUCACUGAGUUGCGAGUGGGUGCUGUCGGUGAGCCGCGACAAGCUGUUCUCGUACCACUGCAGCGAGACCGGACGCAGGAUCGGCGGGUACUCGUUCGAGGCGUGGUGCACCGCGUUACAGUUCGACUCCCAAUCGAAGUACGCGUUCGUAGGCGACUACAGCGGGCAGAUAACGAUGUUGAAGCUAGACAACAAUGGCGCCACGCUCGUCACUACACUUAAAGGACACACCGGGUCUGUGCGCGUGUUGAACUGGGCGCCGCAGCCGCAACUCCUCUUCAGCGGUUCGUUCGACCAGACCAUUAUCGUGUGGGACAUCGGCGGGCAGAAGGGCACGGCCUAUGAAUUACAGGGGCACAGCAACAAAGUGACGGGUCUCUGGUACGUCGGCAGCUGCACCCGCCUCGUGUCGGGCGGCGAGGACGGCGCGCUGGGCGUGUGGGAGAUGGGCGUGCGGCGGCGCGAGACGCCGGCGUGGCGCGAGGCGGACCUGUGCCAGCUGUGCCGCGCGCCCUUCAUAUGGAACGUGCGCGCCAUGAUGGAGAAGAAACAACUAGGACUGAGACAGCACCACUGCCGCUGGUGCGGCGCAGCUGUAUGCGCGACUUGCUCCCCGCACCGCCUGCCCCUACCCGUCAUGGGCUUCGAGUUCCCGCAGCGCGUCUGCACCGCCUGCUACGAGACAUUACGACAUGAACCUCGCGAGUCGCUAGCAUCUUUCCAUGAUAUGAAACACGCCGUGGCAUCGUUGUUCGUGGACGAGGCGACUGGGCGCAUGGUGACGGCGGGCAAGGACCGCGUCAUCAAGGUGUGGGACGUGUCAGCACUGCUAGCGCCCUCGCCGCGCGCCGGCCCCAGCGACCAGUAGCCGUGAGUCGCAACUCUGAACUCUAACCGUAUACACUGAAAGUCGAAAUUCGUUCAUCCCCGUUUCUAUCGCUGGAUUGCAAGUGAUAGAGAUGGAGAUAGAUAAACUUUAUCGCAGUAACGCUCUUGAAGAGAUACAUUUGGAUUUUGGCAACCGAUCCAUAGUUUUUUUUUUCUAUUUAUCCUAUACAUUUGUAAAUUUGGCUAUGGUUAGUACGCGAUUUUCCGGAUAUGAAAGAAAUUAUUCUAACGGAAAACUAGUAACGUGUCCGAUGGAACCCAGAUUUUUUUUGCUAAAUCGAAGGCUUGGUUUUGCUCUGGUUUCAAAUAUUAUUUUUAUGCCGAAACCGAACCGGCUGAAACAAGAUUUAUGCCAAAACCUGCCGAAACCGGAACUUCGGUCGAACACUAAUGAAAACUUACUAAUAUAAUUACUGCCAGAGUCGCACAGUAAGUGUUAAAUGUCAAACGGCAGCUUAUGACUAUGGAUCGGUUGAAAAGUCGCAACAUGAAACGUCCUUCUCUAAUUAUCAAUAAUUAUCGAUUUAUUGUGACAUAAUCGGUGAAGGUUUUACACAACGCUACAUAGAUGGCGUCAUAAUCAAUUACUAAUCGCGAGUAUUUACGAUACGGAUACUGAGCGAUCAAACCUUCAUUCAUAGGAAAUAAUGGGUUUUUAUAACUCGACAUAAAGCGACUGAUUCAUUAACAAGCAGUCCAUUGUAAUCUGAACUUUAAGACCUAGAGUUAAGAUCAUAAUUGCAUUGCACAUAGUCUAGCUAGCGAAUUUAUGAACUAACCACGCUUGUUCAAUCCUUAUAAAGAUCAAAUUUGCUAAACUGAAAACUAAAUCAUAUACUGAGAGUUUCUGAUAAGUUGUUACACCUGUGUGAGCGAGAUAGUCUCUCAUUCGUCCCGCUCUUGUCGAGAGAAGUGAAAACAACAGGGCCCUAUUUUACGCCAAAUGUUACAAUUUUGCAAGUCUAGUUUCGGACUACCUGAAAAUUUGUAACUUUGUAAGAUAGGGCCCUGUAUCUGUAGCCAGUGAAAAUAGUGGUGGCGGUAUGGCCUUUUCUUAUACGAUGUAAAAAAAUCUCUUAUGCAUCUGACAAUAGAGUCGUGGUUAGAUAUGAAGUUGUCGUUCCAUUAAUAUUAAUUAAUAUAUGUAUAUUUUUCAUACUUUCCACCACAUUUUCAUCCAGUGCUUAAGAAUUGGGGCCUGUGUCAUGAAAGGUUGUAACUAUUAAUACAAAAUUUCGUGAAACAGGCCCAUGUAAUUAAUAUCAUGUAUAUUAAGUGUUCAUAGGCAGAUGGUUACUUCGAUUGUAAAAAUCGAUUAAAUAGUGUAGUUUAUGGAUAUAGGGGCCAUUUUAUUUCCAGUUGCACAUUUAUUACCCUUUUUUUAAUUGUGUUUUCAUGUUAUUUCUAGUCAGAAUAACGAGCUGCUUCGAUCCUUAUAAGAGAAAAAGUUUCUCAAAAUUUCCAUACAUUUUAUCGAUCUUUCCAUUCCGUCACCUUCCCACAAAGUCUAUGAAAAAUGGUAACGGGAUGGGAAAAAUCUUGGGACAUUUUUUGUCUCCUAUUAGGAUCGAAUGGGCUUGUGAUUAUCCACUCUGUUUCUUUAGGUAUUAAAAAAAGUAAACAAACAAUUUGUAAAUUUUCGGGUAGUUAUAACAUUUAUUGAUUAACCAACCAACCAAAUACAAAACCGCCUGGAUCAGUCACUGAACGACCUGACUUUAACCUACCUAUUUGAUCAUGUAAUGUCUUCAACUACCCUCAACUGGCUUAAGGAGCCAUUUGAGGGUAGAUUUUGUUUACUUUUAUUUAAAUACCUAAAUAUAUAGAGUAUAAGUAGCAAUAACAUAUAAACGUCAAAAUUAAAAAAAAGUCGUGUACUUACAACUUAAAAUAAAAUGGCCGAUAGCGCAUGUAUAUCGGGUGUGAUCACUAGCGAAUCAACCCAGGGCUAGUUCUCAGUUUGUCGUUCUCUUUCCAACCAGUCAAGUGCGAAAGAGACACGAUAAACGCUACACUAGCGCCGUUCGAAGGGAUAUUAAAUAUUUACCUUCUAGAAAUUAUGAAUUAAUUAUUUAUGGAAUUGUUUAUUGGAAUAAUUGUUUUUAAAAUAUAUCUUAUAAAUGGUCCAA